AUAUCCUCCAAUCUCGUAUUUCGUUGCCGCAUGCUUCCUCGGAUAUCUGUGAAUCAGGUAGCAACAUGAACCAAGAAAAAUUAGCCAAACUUCAAGCCCAGGUCCGGAUAGGAGGAAAGGGCUCCGCACGAAGGAAGAAGAAGGUGGUACACAGAACAGCAACAGCUGAUGACAAGAAACUGCAGAGUUCACUAAAGAAAUUAGCUGUCAACAACAUUGCUGGUAUUGAAGAGGUGAACAUGAUAAAGGAUGAUGGGACGGUCAUCCACUUCAACAACCCCAAGGUUCAGGCAUCUCUGUCAGCCAACACCUUCGCCAUCACCGGCCACGCCGAGACCAAACAGCUCACUGAGAUGCUUCCUGGCAUCCUGAGUCAGCUGGGCGCCGACAGCCUCACCAGCCUCCGCAAACUGGCAGAGCAGUUCCCUCGGCAAGUUCUUGACAACAAAGCCCCUAAAGCUGAAGAUAUUGAAGAAGAAGAUGAUGACGUCCCAGACCUGGUGGAGAAUUUCGACGAAGCAUCAAAGAAUGAGGCCAACUGAGUGAUGAUCCCCUUCAGAACCCAGAAACAGCAAUUAGAAAGAUGAUCGCUCCGGUGUUUUAACUUCUAGCUACGAAGACUUAUUUCAAACAAUCUGCCGUCUACCAGAGACUUUUGCAUUUUAAACGGCCCAAGGAAGUCGUCAUCAGACUGUCUUGCGCACUUAAACUCCCAAAAUGUUGGUCGGCGGUUCGGUACUUUUCACCACAUUGUCGGUCAUGAUCAGGAUUCCGGUGGUCAUUAAUUAAAGCUAGUCUUAAGAAUUAUUUGUUUACGGAACAAAAUAAAGUGUAUUAACAUUUUCUACAU